AUGUCAGAAGACAAAGAUUUGGAGGAUUUUGUUAUAUAUCGACAGAUUGUUGGCAGUCUGAUGUAUUUGACUCUCACGAGACCAGAUAUUGCUUUUGUAGUUGGAGUAGUGAGUAGAUUCAUGCAAAAUCCGAAGAAGCCUCAUUUGGAAGUAGUUCAGAGAAUUCUAAGAUAUAUCCGAGGUACACUUGAUCUUGAUAUAUUCUAUAAAAAUGGAGUACCAUGCAAAUUGGAAGGAUACUGCGAUGCUAAUUAUAUAGGAGAUUAUGAUACCCGAAGAUCAACUACUGGGUAUGUGUUUAGUCUGGGAUCGGGAGUUAUUACUUGGUGCAGUAAAAGGCAACCAACAGUGUCACUAUCAACAAUAGAAGCUGAGUAUCAUGCAGUGAUAAUGGCAGCACAAGAAAGCACUUGGUUAGUGUUGUUGAUGGAGAAUCUACAUCAGCCAGUAGAUUAUGCAGUACCAAUAUAUUGCGAUAAUCAAUCAGUUAUCAGUUUGGUUAAAAAUCCAGUAUUUCAUGCAAGGACAAAGCAUGUGGAGGUGCAGUAUCAUUUUAUUAGAGAAAAAGUAUUGGUUAGAGGAAUCAAAGUGUUACAGGUAAAGACAGAAGAUCAAUUGAUAUUUUCACUAAAGGACUCAAUAAUAUGA